AUCCUCAAGUUUUUGUCAGUGCACUUGAUGCACAGCUGCUGUGUUAACAACUUAGGUGCAUCUUCUUGCAAGCUGGAGAGUACUUCAUUUGGUUUGGUUAUUAUUCAUGAAGCUGCUCUGUCACUUCAAAUAGCAUCCUGGAUGGCUCUCUACUAAAGAUGUAUCCUUGCUGGAGACCAUCUUUAGCUUCUUUCAAUCAUCUAGAAUGUUGAAGCUGAGAGGAAAGAGUUAGAAAGGACCUUCUCUGAAUGCUAGGCACAACUUCUAUGGAGAUGUCAUCAUGCCCAUGCUCCCUGUCAAUUACACCAUGCAUGAGCUUAUAUUGAAUUGGUCAUCCAGAGAAAUUUACAAAGGCCAUGCAAGUGUUGCUGCACAGAUACUUUCUUCUCUUGAGAAUGUGAAGACAAUGACAUGAUGUCUUCUACGGAGCCAAUCCUUCUUCUUUGAUUCAUCUAGAUGUAUCAUGGAAGAAAAGAAGGAUGAAGAAGAUAGGACACUGAAUGAAGGCGAAGCAGAGAUUGCUAUUUCACAUGCAAAGAGACUUGCUUGCUCAGGGCUUAGUCCAAGCUUCCAAUAUUGGAAUUAUUACCCCAUAUGUAAUGCAGGUUCUAUUACUAAAAAUGUUGAGAAGCAAUGAGAGCUGGCUAAUGGAUACAUCAACUGUGAAUGUAGCUUCUUCUUGGUCCACAACGCAACUUCAUACAACUAAAUGCAAGACAGAUGCUUCUUACUGUUCUAGAAGUGGCAGAUUGGUCUACCAGUGGUUAUGAGGGAUGCUGGAGGACAGUUUAUAGAUUGGCAUAGCUAUUCAACAAUGUACCUUAUCUGCCCUCUCAGAAGAGGCAUAUGCUCUUCGUCUUGCAGGGGGUAGGGCAACGGUAAAUGGUUUUCAAGAGUCAUUUUUGAAGCAGGAAAAAUUUAGCUUGGCAAAUUGCUUCCGUUGUGGAACCCAUAUGGAGUACUCUGCUGCCAGGCUUUGAACGGUUUGAUUUUGUGUUUGUGCCUGGAAUAAGCUAACAAAGCUACUCAAUUGGGUUGCUAUUGGGCGCACUGUCUACCCGUGGAAUUUUGUAAACUAUUGUGUAUAGAUGUUGCUAAGAGCUAGAGAAAGUAAGGCCUUUUGAAGUGGUCCAAUUUACCAUUGGGCUUGGACUGGAAAGUUGAAAAAGUCUGUACGCUUGUUGUCUACUUUUGGAGGUCACUCGGGUCAGUAGGGUUGUGAAAGUAAUCUUGCCCGUUAUGUCCUGAAGACCUUGUUUUGAAACUUGGUCAUUUUCUGAUAGUCCGCACUUGUUUAGACUUGUUUCGUGAAUGGAAUUUUUGUGUGCUCUUUUGCCACAAUUUUGAAAUCUGGGGAGUUGCAGAGAUCUUUUGUGAUUGAUCCUGUUAGUCUCUACAGCAUAGCUGGUGGAGAAUUUGUCUUGUUUGUCACAUGACCAGUGGAAAGAUGGGCAACCCUCUACUUUGUAAGAGAUUCCAGGCUAUUUUAGCAAAUGUUGUGUGUUUUCUAGAUGCGUUUUAGGAGCUGGAUAACUUGGUUUGCCUGUGUAAUGAACUUACAUGUGAAGCGACAAUGAUCCAUUAAGAAAUUUCGUGCUUUUUG